ACUGACUCGCCUGUCGACAUUUUCGGCACAGCAUCAUCAGCGCUGACGUGGAAACUACGUGAGCGAAGGCACGGGCCGUUCACCCAUACUGUCAUUAGUGACGACUCAGACUACGUAAAACUUCGGUGAACGACUAUGGAUAGCUCAGUAUCGUCUCAGCUGGACAGCAGUUUAAAUGACUCAUUGACAGAUGGAGAGGAAAACCAGAGUGAAACCAGCCCUUCUCCUGCAGCUGCUGCUCAGGUGUCACUAGCAGAAGAGUCUUCCGGUGUGACUGUUGUUCAGCUGCCUGGUCAGACAGUUCAAAUCCAGGGGGUCAUCCAGGCCCCGCAGACCUCUGUUAUACAAUCACCACAAGUUCAGACUGUCCAGAUUGCUACUGUAGCAGAACUGGAGGAUGACGAGUCAGUAACAGACACACAGAAAAGGCGAGAGCUUCUCUCCAGGCGUCCAUCAUAUCGGAAAAUUUUGAAUGAGCUUUCCUCCGACUCACCGGCAGUUCCUAAAAUUGAAGAGGAAAAGACGGAGGAUGAAGUGCCAGUUUCCAACUCCCCCACAGUGCCAACCUCCAUCUACCAGACCAGCUCAGGACAAUACAUUGCAAUCACCCAAGGGAGAGGCAUCCAGUUGUCCAGCCCUGGAGUUCCAGGUCUACAGGGGGUCCAGAACCUGCCAGUCACAAGUAGUCCCACCCCACAGCCUGGAGCCGCUGUCUUACAGUGUGCAGCUCAGCCUGGAGAUUCUCCACAGCAGCUCUUUAUCCAGGGAGGACAGGUACUUAUCCAAGCCGCUACUGGAGACAUCCCCGCCUACCAGCUUCGUUCACCAAACUCGGGCCUGGCUCAGAGCAUUGUAAUGGCUGCGUCUCCAGGCAGCAUGCAGAGCCCCUCAUCACAGCACGCCGAGGAGAUCACCCGCAAGAGGGAGGUCCGGCUGAUGAAAAACAGGGAAGCAGCUCGUGAGUGCCGCAGGAAAAAGAAAGAGUAUGUCAAAUGUCUGGAAAACCGUGUGGCUGUGUUGGAAAACCAAAACAAGACCUUGAUUGAAGAGCUAAAAGCACUAAAGGACAUUUACUGCCACAAAACUGAGUAGCAGUGGCUGUUUGUGGUCAUGGGCUGAAGACAGUUUACAAACUUCUACAGCAAAAUAAGACAAAACAAAACAAAAAAAAACCAAAAAAGAAAAAAAAGAAAGAAGAAAAGACUCUGGAACAAAAACUACUUUCAUCGUCUUUUAUUCUCUGCUCACUCAGGCCUGAUUUACGCCAAAUUUCAGAAGUGUCGUAGGGAAGUCAAAUAGCUUGAGCUUGCCAGUUUCGCUCUUGUUCUUAUCUUGUGCUCUUUGCAUGUGAAGACUCAAGUGUCGUACACAUUGUGUUUGCUGUUGCUGUUGCGCACGAGCGAGGCUAACCAAUGAGAGCCAGCUGAAGAAGAGGAACAGGAAGAGGAAAUACAGGUGUUUCCUGAAAAUGUGCCGCUCAUUUAUGGCAAUUACGAAAAAUCCUUCGAGGGGUCAGCCAGGUCCCGCAACCAGCAUGUUUCUCUGAGGUCAGACGAGCUGCUACGCAGAUCCAUCAGCACUGCGACAAGGCAACUCAGAGUGUGUUUACCUGAUUAUGUGUUAUUUAUGCUUCUGUUUUCGGUCAUUGCAUUCCUUCAUGCGGUAAAAAAUAAAUGAAAGAAGAUUUAUCAAGCAUUUUAUCUGUAAAGUGGAUUUUCGUCAUUGUUAGUUUGUUACAAAAGAUCUUUUUUUUUUUUUUAAAGAAAACACUGGUAAAGUCAAUGAAAUCAAGAUAAAAAUCCAUUUAUGUUUGGUUGCGUUUGCACAGAUUCAUGAAAUCUAUUUCAUACCAAUAUAGAGAGAGGCAUUAUCUGAAUCAGAGUAUAGUUUCAAAGAAUCAAAUAAUGUUCAAAAGAAUCUUUAUUUUUGCAUUACUGAAGUGACGUUACAGUACUUGAAGUGAAACGAAAGAGCACAGUUGGACUUUGGACAAAGCACAGAAAGUAACCAAGGACACGUGUAGAUAUUAGAGUUUAUAUUAUAUUGCAGUUACCUGAAUUUAUCCCCCUUGGGGAUAAAUAAAGUCUUCUGAUUCUGAUUUCACAUAAAAACGUAUAUAUUCUACAAAGAUAGUUGUUGUAUGUUUUAAAAAUUGAAAUAUCAAAUUUGUAAACAAUCAUUUUACAUUGAAUAUGGCCCCAAGAAUAACUGUUUUGGUCUGCUGUUAAAUAACUUUUUGAAAUGAUGAAUAUCCAUUUUGGAAUAAAACUGUAUUUAUGGCUUAUUGUAAUAUUAAAAUGCUCUGUUUAAAGGGUAAUGCCAAUUCUUUUGUCUUUUUUUUGUAAAAAUAUUCUUUCUCAAAUAAUGUAUCAUUUUGUGUUCAUGUUUCUGGUAAUAUAUGUAAAAGCUUUCUCUGUUUCUGUUGUUUCCCUGAUUAUACUUCAUUAAAAUAUUUGAUUUUCUAUGAAGAAUGUAGACAAAUGCACAAAAGAGCAUUCCUCUGAGUAGCAGACCCUGACAUCUGUUACAAUGCGGCUGCCAAAGCUCUUUAAGUAACAGUAAAGGAUCUACCCACUGACUAACUCAGUCAUAACAGUAUCAGUCUUGAUAGUUGCCACCCAAACAGUCUGUUACUGUUUGUGAUCUCAGACGUGUGCCCAUUCUUUUAAAUUCUAUGAAAGGAAAAAAUCCAGGCCUUCUAUAUCUCUAUUUCUUUAAUAUCAGAUGAGCUGAAUAUUUUCUGCACUUAGUUUUUGCUGUUUUAAAUGGCUCAGUCUUCUACCAGGUGUUCUGUUGUUGAUGUACUUCCUCAUUUGAAUUGUAAAAAAAUAUUUUUGUUUAUCUAAUAAAAUAUACAAAUGUGA